UUGGAAAGCUGAAAACCACGUCAAAAGGAAACCAGUACAUUUGUGUACUGGUAGAUUAUCUAACAAAGUGGCCGCAGGCCUAUCCUUUAAAAACCAAAAGUGUAGCUGAAGUCACUGAGUGCAUCAUUAAGUUUUUUUUUAUCAAUUUGAAGCACCAAAACGAAUUCUGACUGAUCAGGGCAAGGAGUUUGUCAAUGAGAUAAAUAAAAAUGUCUGCAAAAUCCUAAACAUAAAAAGGAGUCUCUGUGCUCCAUACCACCCACAGACAAAUGGACUUGUCGAGAAGAUGAAUGGAACAAUCCAGAGAGCCCUGUCUAAACUUGUAAAUAAAAGACCAGAGGAAUGGGACAACCAUCUUGAUGCAGUCAUGUUUGGACUAAGAACGAAGUGCCAAGUAACCACCAAGUAUUCGCCAUUUUUUUUGAUGUUUGGCCGAGAGGCAAGGUAUCCCUCUCAAAUUCCAUCAGAAUACAGGGUGGACAGCAGUGUGGAGGACAACUUGUCUGUGGAGGAGGUGACAGAGGGCAUCCUGAAGCUGGAUGAAGUUCUCCAAGCUGCCAUCACAAAUACGAGCAGUAAACAAUCAAAACAAAAGAAGAGGAUAAAGGAAACCAGCAGCCCUGCUUUUCAUGUUGGCAUGAAAGUGUGGCGAUUAAAUGUGAGAAGCCAGCAGAGGAAAGGGGGCAAGUUGGAUCCUAACUACCUUGGGCCCUACACCAUCACAGCCAUUGUUGAUAAAAGUGCCGAUCUUUUGGACAGCCAGGGAGUCACAAUACCCAAAAUCAACACUGAUCAUUUGAUUGAGUACAAGGAGGAGCACCCACGAGUUCCACGAAAGUGUUCCUUGGACUCUCCUACCACCUUAUCUGGGCCACCUAACACCACUACCUCCUCUGUGCCGUCCACUACCUCCUCUGUGCCGUCCACUACCUCCUCUGCGCCGUCCACUACCUCCUCUGGGCCGUCCACUACUUCUGCUGCACCGUCCACUACCUCUGCUGCACCGUCCACUACCUCUGCUGCACCGUCCACUACCUCCUCUGGGCCGUCCACUACUUCUGCUGCACCUUCCACUACUUCUGCUGCACCGUCCACUACUUCUGCUGCACUGUCCACUACCUCUUCUGGGCCGUCCACUACCUCCUCUGAAACAUCUACCACUUCCUCUGGAGCACCCACUACCACAAUUCCUGGGCAAAUGACCACCACCUCUACUAGUCCAACAGUGGACCCCUUGAUCACCAACAGUAUGUGUCAGACCACUUCAUGUUAA